CCGCCGCGCGCCUCCUCUCGCCGCUCCGCCGCCCUCGCCGCCGCCGCCGCCUCGUCCUCCGCCGGUCGCCAUGGAAGAGGAAAUCGCCGCGCUGGUGAUCGACAACGGCUCGGGCAUGUGCAAGGCGGGCUUCGCGGGCGACGACGCGCCCCGGGCCGUGUUCCCGUCCAUCGUGGGGCGGCCGCGGCACCAGGGCGUCAUGGUGGGCAUGGGGCAGAAGGACUCGUACGUGGGCGACGAGGCGCAGAGCAAGCGCGGCAUCCUGACGCUCAAGUACCCGAUCGAGCACGGCAUCGUCACCAACUGGGACGACAUGGAGAAGAUCUGGCACCACACCUUCUACAACGAGCUGCGCGUGGCCCCCGAGGAGCACCCGGUGCUGCUCACCGAGGCCCCCCUGAACCCCAAGGCCAACCGCGAGAAGAUGACCCAGAUCAUGUUCGAGACCUUCAACACCCCGGCCAUGUACGUGGCCAUCCAGGCCGUGCUGUCGCUGUACGCCUCCGGGCGCACCACGGGCAUCGUCAUGGACUCGGGCGACGGCGUCACGCACACGGUGCCCAUCUACGAGGGCUACGCCCUGCCCCACGCCAUCCUGCGUCUGGACCUGGCGGGCCGGGACCUGACGGACUACCUCAUGAAGAUCCUGACGGAGCGCGGCUACAGCUUCACCACCACGGCCGAGCGCGAGAUCGUGCGCGACAUCAAGGAGAAGCUCUGCUACGUGGCCCUGGACUUCGAGCAGGAGAUGGCCACCGCCGCCUCCUCCUCCUCCCUGGAGAAGAGCUACGAGCUGCCCGACGGGCAGGUGAUCACCAUCGGCAACGAGCGCUUCCGCUGCCCCGAGGCGCUCUUCCAGCCCUCCUUCCUGGGUAUGGAGUCGUGCGGCAUCCACGAGACCACCUUCAACUCGAUCAUGAAGUGCGACGUGGACAUCCGCAAGGACCUGUACGCCAACACGGUGCUGUCGGGGGGCACCACCAUGUACCCCGGCAUCGCCGACCGCAUGCAGAAGGAGAUCACGGCCCUGGCCCCCAGCACCAUGAAGAUCAAGAUCAUCGCCCCCCCGGAGCGCAAGUACUCGGUGUGGAUCGGCGGCUCCAUCCUGGCCUCGCUGUCCACCUUCCAGCAGAUGUGGAUCAGCAAGCAGGAGUACGACGAGUCGGGCCCGUCCAUCGUCCACCGCAAAUGCUUCUAGACGGACUGAGCGGGUGCCAGGCGCCUGCUGCAGGAGCUGGUUGUGAAGUACCGAUUGGCCCUGGCAGAUGUGCACACCUCACGCCGGCCUCACGACUGGAAUAAGCCUUUGAAAAGAAAUUUGUCCUUGAACCAGCACUGGGUCCUAGAGCUCGUUGCUGAUGUUGACCUUGUAUUGAAGUUACUGUUCCCUCGGUAUAUGUUUAAUACCCUGUGCAUAUCUUUGGUUUAAGCCUUCUAGCGCACGCGGCUCGGCCCGGGCCUGGAGGCUCUGCGGUGAUCUGGGCAGGGUAUUGACGGGUCAGAGCAGACGGUUCCAGGAUUUCUAGACGCCGGCGAGAGUUCCUGAAGGAACCCGUUGUCGUUGGUCUCGCCGGUCUCGCCGGGUGGGAAAGUCGGAGCCUUAGAACCCAGUUUCCGUUCCCUGCCGGUGUUUUGUCCCUCCCUCCCGAGCGCCGUGGGUUGUUACUUGCCUUGAGUUGGAAACGGUUUGCAUUUACACCUGUAAAUUUAUUCAUUUAAUUUAUGUAAGGUUUUUUUUGUACUCAAUUCCUUAAGAGAUGACAACAGAUUUUGGUUUUCUACUGUUACGUGAGAACAUUAGGCCCCAGCAACACGUCAUUGUGUAAGGAGAAAAAUAAAAGUGCUGCAGUACA